AUGUCCAAGAGUCAUAGAUUUUUUAUCCUGCUGUAUAAAACAUUCGACUUCGAAGUCAGAGAUCCUGUCACUCCCGGGGAGGUCCUCACCGUACAGCUCCUUGUCAGGGGCCGGUGGGGAUCUCCCCGGUCUAUGGGAAUCUAUCGCCUGGGUCUACACAUACUAGUAACAGAUGGACAACUCUCCGUUACCGACACACUAGUUGAUGAUCACAACCACGCUGUUCCGGUUUUUGUAGACAUGGACAUAUUUUACACACCGCCGCACAUCGAGCUAGCACCUUCGAAUGUGGAAUGCUACCGUAUGACGGAACUAUCUUCACCCAAAGCAAAAGAAACCCAGCCAUCUGUCCACGGAUAUCAUCAGACGUCUAGACAAGAGUCUAUUAAAGGCUCUCUUCCCUCGGUCCACGCUACAUCUUCUCAGAGCUCGGCUCACAACUCAGACGUAGACGAAGAUCGUGCAUUAGAAGACCUGCAAAGAAAUAUAGACACUCUCGAACGAUCCUUGCAAAACAAAGAAACUGUUAUUGAUAUAGAGUCCGGCGAUGAGUCGCGGGCUCGUAAACUGAAAAUUGCUGGAAAACGAAUCUUACGGCGUGGUUUCUCAAUGGGAACGGAGAAAUCAGUGACUAUAGCCGAAGGAGAACGUAAACGCGUUUCUACCUUCAAGAGCAUGCGCAGUUUCAUGCGCUUAGGAAAAUCACGAUAUCGAGACAGUAGUGGAGAUGAGGAACAAGGGCUACUGGACAUGCCUGGACCAUCAUCAGAACCUGAUAGACCCAUCAGCCAAACUUCUGUUUCGUCUGAUGAAAUUCUAGUAGACACUCGUUCUCCUCAGGAAACACCGAGGAUGAAGAAAAUAAAAACAUUAGUGGACUCUGGGGGGCCGUCAGCUUUAAAGGCUGCCGACUUCCAGGUCUGCGUGACAGUUAUCGAGGCCAGACAACUUGCUGGCCUUAACAUGGACCCGGUGGUCUGCGUACAAAUUGGAGACGUGCGAAAGUACACAAGCGUUAAAGAAAGCACAAAUUGCCCAUAUUACAACGAAUACUUCGUAUUCGACUUCCACAUGCCACCGAUAAUGCUAUUCGACAAGAUCAUCACAUUAUCGGUAUUACAAUCGCGGCACAUCUUGCGAGCAAACAAACUAUUGGGCAACUUCAAACUAGACGUGGCCACCGUGUGGAAUCAACCGGAUCGACAAUUUUAUCACAAAUGGGCACUUCUGACUGACCCGGAUGAUGUAACUGCUGGAGCGAAAGGGUACCUUAAAUGCGAUAUCAGUGUUAUUGGAAAGGGGGACACCGUGAAGGUGCCCCAGAAGAGUGAGAAGGACGAGGACGACAUAGAAGCCAACUUGCUGUUACCCGACGGAGUAUCCAUCGAACGCCAACGCGCUCGAUUUGUAGUCAAAAUCUACAAGGCAGAUGGUCUGCCUAAAAUGAAUUACUCAAUCCUGGCCAACGUGAAAAGAGCCUUCACGGGAGAAAGCCAGGAUCUUGUCGAUCCCUACGUCCAAGUUUGUUUCGCUGGCAUGACUGGUCAAACAUCGGUGAAGAAGAAUUCCUACACUCCGGUGUGGAACGAACAGAUAGUGUUUACGGAGAUGUUCCCCCCACUCUGCCAACGAAUCAAAAUUCAACUGCGGGACAACGACCCUGUGCAUCCAAGUGUCAUCGGAACGCACUUCAUUGACUUGAAAACUAUAUCUCAUGAUGGGGAAAAAGGUUUCCUUCCCACUUUUGGCCCGGCUUAUAUUUACCUUUACGGGUCCACACGCGACUACAGCCUGUUGGACCAACACGCGAAUCUCAACAUGGGAAUGGGCGAAGGCGUCUCUUAUCGAGCGAGAGUUCUCGUAUCGAUUCGGACCGAAAUUAUGGACAGCAUCGAAUGUCCUGCGUCAGAGGUCGAAAUCGAGCCUGUGGUUCCAAUCAACGAGACGUCAUUUGAAAAGAACGAAGAAUUUUUCUUAUUCGCUAGCGUUUAUGAAGCCAAUAUGAUUGAUAAGAAAUUGACAGACAAGCCCAUACAGUUUGAGCUUAGCAUUGGGAAUGCUGGCAACUCGAUGGAUGGUCACAACGAAUCGGUGAAAAGGCCUCAUGAUUUAGACGCUAUUGAAAUGGACGAGCUGAGCGCUGACACCGGCUACUGGCAAAGCACGACUUUCCCGCUCAAAGCCGUGUCCAGCGACAAGUACUACUACUAUCUCCCUUACUGGGACACGAAGCAGUGCAUGCACGUGCGCAGCAUCUGGCCGGACCACCGCCGCCGCUUGUAUAACUCCAACCUCAUCUCAUGCAUUAUUGAUCUGUUUGAGGAAGGUCUCUGUGACGCUCAAAAUGCAUUAGAUAUGGACGGCGGACCGGACAAUACUAGCGUAGCAGCUUUGAAGUCUGUACUAGACUCGGUCAGCGCUGCGUGUAGCAAAUACGUGCAAUACAUGUCAAAUGCACCACCCAUUGGCAAUACUAAACUAGAUCGCGAGAGGCAAAAGAUUUGCAUCCACGAAAUUGAUCAAUUAAGCAUUCUUACAAGAGGCCUGAAGGCGUUGAUAACGAAACAUUCUAUCAAGGAUCGCUUGAGGACGGCCUUCAACUACUUGACUAAGCUUAAACAUCUCUGCGAAGAUGCGCAACACGCUAUGCCCGAUAUAUUCAUAUGGAUGAUCAGCAACGGCAAGCGUUUGGCGUAUUAUAGAGUUAAUGCUAGAGAUAUUAUUUAUUCCGAUUGCAAAGACGAGUCUGGGAAAUUCUGUGGAAAAAUACAGACGUUUUUCUUGAAGUGGCCGGGUAAGAAGGCCACGUCACCAAGUGGCUGGGCCAUACCGGCAAAAUUAAGCGUUUACAUGUGGCUUGGUAUACUUCAAGAUAAGAAGCACUAUAUCGAUGGGCUUCCAAUAGGCUACGAAAUCAGCCAAGAAAUAAAAAAUGCUGAAAAGCCUAGAGCCAAUCCGCCUAUUACGAUGUUUUAUGCGGAGAAACAUACCUUCCAAAUGCGUGCUUAUAUAUAUCAAGCUAGAUCCCUUAUAGGAUCAGACUCUUCUGGUUUAUCUGAUCCUUUUGCGCGUGUCGUCAUCGGGGAGAGCACUGCUACAACCCAAGUAAUUGAUGAAACAUUGAGCCCUACUUGGGAUGAGCUGCUACUUUUCGAAGACGUUUUAUUGUAUAGUACGAUUGAGCAAAUUAAAGCUAAUCCGCCAACUAUUGUCAUUGAAAUCUUUGAUCAAGACAAAGUUGGUAAGUCAGAAUAUAUAGGACGCACUUUGGCAAAGCCUCAUGUGAAAGCUUUUGAAGAUCCGUAUGAAAGACCACAAUUUCCACCUUCAUUGGAGUGGUAUGAGAUAACAAGAGGAGACGACAGAGCAGGAGAGCUUUUAGCCACAUUUGAAUUACUAGAAAUACCGUCGAAACAAGAUUCGACUAUUUUACCAGAACUUCCUCCGGCUAAAGAGAGGGAGAAAACACUUGAUGAUACUAAUAAAGGACCUGUAUAUCCAGUUCCUAGAGGUAUACGACCCACACUUUCUCGAUACAGAGUUGAAGUAUUAUUCUGGGGUUUGCGUGACCUAAAGCGUAUACAUCUUCUCAGUGUAGAUAAGCCUAGAGUUGACAUUGAAUGCUCUGGGCAUAUCAUAUACUCAUCCGUGAUUCAAAAUGCAAAGCGAAAUCCUAACUUUGGUAAUCCAGUAAAAUUUGUAGACGUGGAACUACCUGAUCAAGACUUAUACCGCCCACCCUUAACCAUACGAGUUGUCGACUGCCGCAGCUUCGGCAGGAUCACUCUUGUGGGCACCCACACAAUAAAUUCAAUCCACAAAUAUAUUUACACACCCAUGAGCAGACGGGAAAAAGAAAUUGAAGACAGGAAAAAGUCAUUAAUCCAGCUCCAGAACGUAGAUUUGCGUUCAAAUUGCAUUAUUCAAGAUGAUGUAUACAAUAUAGAAAAUGAAAAAGAAAGUUGCCCAUUACUGUUUCGUGAUGGUCGUGUCAUCAUGGCUUACGGCACCCGUCGACCCGGUGUGGCGAAAAAAGUUAUUAAACAUGAAAGCAAUAAAAAACGCAAGGCGAGUGCUGACUCAGUUCUUGAUGAUGACGAGAGCAGUAAGGACUGGUGGACCAAAUACUUUGCUUCUGUGGAAUCUAUGAUUGAAGAAGAAAAGCAGAAUGUACGGGAGCGUCAAGGAUAUAUCCAGACUCCCCAGCCAUCUACUUCAUCAUAUGUUGAAGAGAUACCAACAGACGAGGUACAUUCUCCUCGCGUAGACCGCGAUCGACGCGAUAGGCGAAGAGGAACUCCAUCGCCAAAGGCUAACAUAAGUCCAACUAUUCCAAAGAAAAAUCAGAUCCCAAAAUCAGCUCUAACGAAGAUCUAUCCUCACGAACUUGAGGCAGUGCCCGAAUACGACGAAUUUAAAGAAUGGCUACAUUCCUUUGAGUUGUACCGCGGCAAAAAGACCGGCGAUGACUCAGAUGAUGACAACCGAGUAGUCGGUGUAUUUAAGGGUGCCAUAAAAGUAUAUAAAUGGCCUCUCCCAAGAGAAAUAGACGAUCAUACAGUAAUGGGAUUCGACCCAAACCACGGGUUUUUCCAAGGUGUUCCCAAUAACGAUCCAAUACAUGUUUUAGUCCGCGUGUAUAUUGUAAAGGCCACUGAUUUACAUCCUAUGGAUUUGAACGGGAAGGCCGACCCGUAUAUUGUUUUACAUCUUGGUUCUAAGCGUAUUAGUGACAAGGAAAACUAUGUAUCCAAGCAACUGAAUCCAGUGUUUGGUAAAUGCUUCGAAAUCGAGGCCACUUUUCCGCAGGACUCAAUGCUUACUAUUCAAGUUCUUGACUGGGACCUCCUUGGAUCGGAUGAUCUGAUUGGAGAGACUAAGAUUGAUCUCGAGAAUCGCUUUUACAGUCGCCACAGGGCUACCUGUGGACUGCCUACUAAGUAUGAAGAACAAGGCUACAAUCGAUGGCGAGACGCCAUGAAACCAACCCAGAUACUCGCCAAGCUUUGCAAAGACGGCAAGCUUGAUCCUCCAGUAUAUGAAUAUGGCCGUGUGAAGGUCGGCAGGACUAUUUUUAACAUGCCCAUGGAUGACACUGAGCUGUUUUCCGACCCGGAUACUAUUGAGGAGCAGAUGGCUUUGGUAGUGCUCCGUCGCUGGCAGGAGGUCCCGCGAGUUGGCACGCACCUUGUUACUGAACACGUGGAAACUCGCCCAUUAUACAACCCAAACAAACCUGGAAUUGAACAGGGUCGACUGGAAAUGUGGGUGGAUAUGUUUCCCAUGGAUAUGCCCCUCCCCGGACCACCAUUAGAUAUUUCUUCUCGCAAACCCCAAUCAUACGAGAUGCGAGUUAUUAUAUGGAAUACAGACGAUGUAGUUCUUGAAGACGACGCCUUCUUCACAGGGGAGAAGAUGUCCGAUAUAUACGUGAAAGGUUGGCUCCGAGGACCGGACGAUUGCCAGUGCACUGAUAUACACUAUCGCUCCCUAACUGGAGAAGGCAACUUUAACUGGCGAUUCAUCUAUCCAUUCGACUAUUUGGAAGCCGAGGAACGUAUUGUGAUCUCUCGUAAAGAAUCUGUAUUUUCUUGGGACGAAAGUGAGUGCAAAAUACCAGCGCGCCUGGAAUUGCAAGUGUGGGAUGCUGAUCACUUCUCGGCUGAUGACUUUUUGGGUGCUAUCACCCUAGAUUUGAAUCGGUUCCCGCGUGGAGCCAAAUCUUCUAAACUAUGUACACUAGAUAUGCUGCGCAGUGACGGUACUGUGCCGAUGAUUAAUAUAUUUAAGCAAAAGCGCGUAAAGGGAUGGUGGCCCUUCUACAUAAAGCGCGACACAGAGGAAAUGGAACUAACCGGCAAAGUCGAAGCCGAAAUACAUCUGCUGACUCGUGAUGAAGCCGAAAAAGUACCGGCUGGAUUGGGACGCAAUGAACCAGAUCCCUUAGACAAACCUAAUCGCCCAGAUGCCUCCUUCAUGUGGUUCUUGAACCCCCUGAAGUCGAUACGUUACAUCGUGUGGCACAACUAUAAGUGGACUAUCUUAAAGUACACCGUGAUAAUAUUCGUGGCUAUACUCAUCCUGCUCCUCGUCUACGCCUUUCCUGGAUAUACCGUCAAAAGACUCCUCGGUGCA